CAGAUGAUCGGUUAACUUGAGAACCUCUUGUUGCGAGUAUUUGCUCUAAUGAUGAGUAUGACUAUGAAUUAAAUUAGGUGUUAAAGACAGGUGUUGGUGUAUUAGUUUUGCAACUUGGCUAUGGCGACCUGGGUAGGCAGAUUAUCAUAAGGAUGAACAUCCUGCCAGCAUUUGUUCAAGUGACUAUACCGCAUUUUUGCAUUUUCGACAUUUGACAACAACAUACAGUUUUAGGUUAAUAUUAUUCUUCACAUUAUUAUUUUUAACCCUUAAAACGCGUGUGGUAGUUUAUUUAUUGUAAUUCCAUUUUGUAUGCACUCAUUUUAAAACAGCUCAGCACUUUAAGGGUUAAUACUAUUAUGAAUUAAGUACUUUAUAAUCUAGAACAAAAAGCGUAUUUACUUAGUUAUGUUUAGGCAAAGAUUGAUGAUGACUGCUUUAUGAUAAAGAUAAGAUAAAAAUCGUCCUAAGUAAACAGUCAAACCUGACAGAUUUUCCAUGUACGGACUAAACCUUUUGCCAGGCUAACAAGGAUUAGUUUUAAAUUCUAUUCUAUCUCUUGAUACCACAGUUUCUUGAGCUCGUAGGAUUGUAGAUCUAGCAUAACAAUAGUCAGCCUUUGAAUUGUGUGCGUUCAAUUCAAUAGGAAUUUUCAGCUGAAGAUUAAUGGCAGCGUCUGCUAAAGUGAGUGGACAUUUUAUUUUCUUAAUUGUGGCGUACGGAGCAGUGACUGUUUUACUUUUCUUUAAUACAUAUGGUUUAAGCAAGAAAAAGUAUGCAGAGAAAGGGAACUUCUCCGAGCCUAACACUCGCUCUGCCUACUUAGAGUUCAGUGACAGACCUAGCAGCCUAGACUUCAAUGAAGGGCCUAGCAGCCUAGACGUCGAUCCCCGAGACUUAAAAAGUGUAUUUCUUCAAAUGGAUACCAUUCUAAAUGAGGAGAAAAGAUCGAUCCUGUCGUUUCUAUCUCAGCCAAUAAUCAACAAUCAUAACUUCACUUACCUACAUAACCCUGAGAGAAAAUGUAUCGAUACUAGGACUGAAACAUUAAUUGUCGUGCCGUCUGCUCCGGAAAAUUUUCAAAACCGUGAAAAUAUACGAAACGGUGAUUACGGUAAUUUCACCAGAAAUAGUGGAAAUCAAGCCCAGCUUUUGUUUUUCAUCGGGCAGACGAAAUCAAAUGAGACGCAGCAUAAGAUCAACAAUGAAUCGCAAACGCAUAACGACAUCGUGCAAGUGUCGUUUGAUGACAUCUACCACAAUAUUCGAUUAAAAGCGGUAUCGAUGCUUAAAUGGACCAGCACGUUUUGCCGCCAGGCGAAUUACGUCGUAAGAGUCGACGACGACAUACACGUUAAUCUGACGUCAGUCCUGGAGGCUACGAAGAAAGCGCAUUCAAACUAUUUCAAUUUCAUUCUAGGCCGUCUGAGGUUCAACGAUUCGCCUUUGAGAAAAAAAGGAAAAGUAUAUCUGUCACGUGAGGAAUAUCCAGACGCGUUCUUCCCGCCUUUUGCGCUGGGUGGGCUUUUGAGCUACCCGAUACUGACCGUGCAACUUCUGUACCAGGCAGCACUGAGAGUGAAGCCUAUUUGGUUGGAUGACGUGUUUAUCACGGGAUUGUGUGCGCAAAAAAUGGGAGUAAAGCUGUUAAGUGAUCCUGCCUUUGCAUUUAAACAUAACGGUCAGUGGGCACACUAGUUAGGUCAGUGACCUUUGAUAUGAUUCGUAGAGAGUAUAUCAACAAAAUAUCUGUACAAUUAUAGUAGCAGCCCUUUCUGUUUAACAACCGUUCUGGUUAGAACAUGUUUUCAAUUUUAAAGAAUACUGAGAUUUGAAACAAUCAUACCUGUUGGGAAUCAAGGUAUAAAAAAAGUGAAGUUCCCCUUUCAGACCUUGUGGCAGGCGAUGUAAAGGUCAGAUGUUUCUGUGGCCUACGGAUAACGAGAGUAGCAUGUGGCCAGCACAACGACCAACCGCCUUUACUUUUCCUCAACUAAUGUCAAGUACCCAUUCGAGCUGAGUGGACUCAGAGGCGCCGAAAGAUCUCAAAAUUUAAAAAAAAGUCUUCAUCUGGAUUCAAACCCUAGAAUUCCGGUUCGGAAGCCUAGCACUUUACCGCUCGGCUUAAGGGAAUCAAGGUCUAAAGAGAGCUAAAUAUUCGAGUAGCUUUAAAAAAAAGACGUAACAAUUUCCUUCUCUGGGAGGACUUAUUUUCUUACCACCUUGUCGUCAUCAAUUGUGUAUUGUUUUGUUUUUUUUGUUUUGUUUUUUGCACAUUGUAGAUAACUUAGUAAAUCAACAUUUUCAACCACCUUAAACCGUAGAUUCCGUUUGGUCUACAUUUACAACGAUAUUUAAAUUAAAUGUAUGUAUACUUUCAAGAAAUAGGGUAAUCAUUUUAGGAUUGUAGAGACGGUAUGAGAUCAUCGUUCGGAACCCAGGAUGAUCUGCUAACUACUGUCAAACAACGCAAACAAAAACUCUAAGGCCAUAUCACAAGGUUCUCAGGGCUCGCAAAAAAAUUCCUUCAGGGAGAGGUACCAGGAAAAAGAGGAAGAAGCAGACAGAGAAAGUGAUGGAAAGACAACAUAAAGACAACAUAAAAAAAAUUGACAUGCCUGCCAUUGAAAGAGAUUCUAUCAAAAUUAAAAGAUAAAGAGGGAUGGAGAAAGACGGUCAAAGGAUCUUGUGUGGUGCCCCAAUGGUCCAACAGACUAAGGGAUAGGUGAAGCUGAAGGAUACAUUUCAUACUGCAAAUCUAGAACACUUGCAUUUGAUUUGAUUUCAUUGUUUCUAACAUAAAUUCAGAAAUAAAGAUCAUUACGUCCAAGCCCAAAACCUCCCCGUAGGAAGGCAAGGGGUGUCAGCAGCCAGGGUUUAAAUUCAGGUCCAUCAUGAUCAUUGAAGUAGCAACCAUGGCUGGAAGGGGUUAUGCUCUGAUGCAUUUCACGUCUCGAUAGACCAGCGGUUCUCAACCUUUUGAGCUCGGCGACCCCUUUUUAUAAUCCCCCACUCUGUCGCGACCCCCCAGCCGACACACACAUACAACAAUAGAAGAGUAGGCAAUAAUAAUCCAUAUUUUCGAUGGUCUUAGGCGACCCUAGGCAAAUGGUCAAUCGACCCCCAAGGGGGUCGCGACCCACAGGUUGAGAACCCCUGCGAUAGACAACUUUUUCCCUGUACAGCUUCUUGUAUGACUAAGAGGCCAAUCCUUCAUACACAGCUUCGGUCACAGGUUGGGCAUCUGUAAUCACCAGGCAGUUUUUUUUUCACCCUUCUUUCUUCUUCUGUUGUGUAAGAUUUCUAAAGACAUGGAAAGGUUUUUAUUAGUGCCUCUGUAUGUUCGCACACACUUUGAACACUCAUUAUGAAAACUUUUCCCCUCACCAUAUGUGACUUAUUAGUUCCUCGCAGGGGCGGGCUGGCUAUAUGGGCAUUCGGGCAAAUGCCCGGUGUGCCGGUACCCAAAUGGGCUGGUAGGGCCACGAAAGGGCCGCAUGGAUGCCAUUAUACCAGGCAUCCAAUUGUUAAACCCUUAUACACACUUUAUAAAAGGGCCCUCUGAGUGUUGUGUUAAACAUAACGUUCGCAGACUCUACAGUGUAAUACUAUUUUGUUGUAACACAUGUACCUGAUAUUGUGAUACACUACAUCCGUAGACAGUGCUAUUAGUAGGCUUCAUCCUUUUAGGGCCUACACAUUUAGCGAUUAAAAAGCAACAUAAGGCAUAUAUUUGUAUAAAGAUUUAGAGUUCACUGUAUGCAUGGCAUAUCAACACAUUAUCAAAAUUAACAUAAUGACUUAGAGGUCAGGUAGGCUAGGUCUAGAAUGCCAUCAUGUGAUAUACAAGUUAUGGGCCGGAUUGUAUAGAAAUGCCCGGGGGCCAAUUUCGACACCCAGUCCGCCCUUCGUUCCUCGUCAGAAUGAAACCUAAGUUAAAACUACAAGACACAAAAGCUUUUCAAUCAAAAGGUCAAGUUUCCACCAAUAGAUUAAUUCAGUGUAAUAAAAUGUACCUAUUGAAAGAUCUAGCUAAUCAAAAACUUAAAAACCUAACUUCCUGAACCUAAAAACAUAAUUUCACACAUAUUUUUUUUUUGGUUGGGGUGGGGGGAAUAACAAUAAUAAUUAUUUUGUUAAAUCCUGUCUUGAAGCGAGUUGUGUCCGUGUAAUGUCACACUAUCACAGUGACGUUCUAUGACUAUCGAUUAAUAAAUAAAAUUUUCCAAUUAGCCAGGAAAACCUGUUUGCACUGGUGUUCAAGGUCAAACGGAAAGGUACGUAUAGAGCCGUCAAGGUCUACCCACUUUAUGUCCGGCAAUUAAACUCCGUUAAUCUCUAAAAGACAGUGUCGUGGAAAUUAUAGGCCUAUAUCUAUAUUGGGGGCGCGGUGGCUGAGUGGUUUAGCGCUUGGCUUCCGAACCUGGGGUCCUGUGUUCGAAUCUCGGUGAAGACUGGGAUUUUGAAUUUCGGGACUUUUUAGGGCGCCCCUGAGUCCACCCAAAUCUAGUGGGUACCUGACUUACUUGGGGGAAGUAAAGGCGGUUGGUCGUUGUGCUGGCCACAUGACACCCUGCUCGUUAACCGUUGGCCAAAGAAACAGAUGACCUUAACAUCAUCUGCCCUAUAGAUCGCAAGGUCUGUAAGGGGAAAUUUACUUACUUUUAUAUAUAUAUCUAUACUAGACAGAUAUUACCUGCUGCCCAUAUAGUCACUGAUAUUGUGCAUUAGAAACAUAUAAAGAAAAUAAUAAUGUUAUAAGUAAAGCGAAUGCAUGAAUUCAUGAAUAAAAAAAACACUGUCACUGUCAGUAUCAUAUGGCUGCCCGCGGGUCUCAACUCGCGUAUUGCUGAUAUAGUCACUGACACUGCAGUGUCAGGAUUUUGUGAUUUUACCAUCACAAAAGAGAUACAAGACACCGAUAGCAAAGACAAACAGACACAAACACUCUUUUGUUCCUCUGGCAAUCAAAUCAUUUAAUAAGAACAAUCUGGUAUAAACUUUGUCACAUGUAAAUUAUGAGUGAGUCUGGUGUGAAUGUACAUUUUGGUUUCUUAUAGUUAUGUUUUUUGUUUAGUGUAAUGCACAAAUUGUAAGACAAAUUUCCUUACGGAUAAUAAAGAUUAUUAUUAUUAUUAUUAUUAUUAUUA